AUGGUUCAGGACAGUUUUAACAAUGACAGUAUUGGCUCAAUGGUUCAGGACAGUUUUAACAAUGACAGUAUUGGGUCAAUGGUUCAGGACAGUUUUAACAAUGACAGUAUUGGGUCAAUGGUUCAGAACAGUUUUAACAAUGACAGUAUUGGCUCAAUGGUUCAGAACAAAUUAUCAAUAAUGGCAAUAUACGGACCUGGUUUCUGGGGAACCAUGAACAAAUUAGAAUGGGGCAUCUGUCAUAGAGGCAAGAAUCAGUCUCCUGUCAACAUAGUUCCAGAAGACCUAUUGUUUGACCCUGGACUAAAACAUAUUCAGAUAUCGGGCAACAAGGUCUCGUCGACAAUGAACAACCUAGGUAACGCGUUGGUUCUGUACGUGAAUUCGAGUCAUGGCGAUGAAAUCCUAUUCUCUAUCGGUCCGCUGUCCUAUACUUACCGACUUCAUCAGAUCCGGGUACACUUUGGCAGGGACGACUCCAGGGGAUCAGAACACACCAUUGACGGGAAAACAUUUGCAGCCGAGAUACAGUUUCUUGCCUAUAACACAGAUUUAUAUCACAAUUUUUCACAAGCCGUGGUGUCGCCACGUGGUAUAGCCGCCAUUGCUGUAUUUGUACAGACAAAGGGAAAUUUAAGUCAUCAAGAAUUAGAAAAAAUAAUUGAAAAUAUAGAAGACGUUCGUUUUAAAGGGACGUCAACACCUUUAAAACAUUUGUAUAUACAAAAGUUGAUACCAAGAAGUCUUCAUUACGUCACCUACGAUGGCUCCAUCACACAUCCUGGAUGUCACGAAACAGUUACGUGGAUGAUCAUGAACAAACCAAUAUACGCAGGAUCACAACAGAUUGACGCUUUCCGGAAGCUGCGUCAGAGUGGUCCUGAAAAUCCGAUGGCUUUCUUCCGAGACAACUUCCGGCCGACUAUGCCAGUUAACCGAAGAUCCAUUAGAACUAAUAUAAAUUUUGUGGUCAAAGGUUGCUCGAUGGAACGAAAUAUGCAUUAUCAAGGUAUGUGUUAUGCUAAUUAA